UUUAAAAAAAAAAUCACACAUGAAUCAAGGUUGAAGCUUAUGUUUUAAUAUAUAAGAAAAGUAAAUACAAUAACCAAUAUUAUUAGAUUUCAAAAUCUUUUAAUAAAAAUAUUUAAAAUACAAUAAAUGACACUAUAUUUUUAAUAAAUAAUGUUAAAAUCAAUCAUUAAAUAACACUAGAUCAUAAAAUCUAAAGAGUUAACUUUAAACUCACUAUCCAAUAGCACCCAGUUAGAUUCUCCUUUUUAAUCUAGUUUUGCCAAAAGAAAUUAGUUUGCCUGCCCUGCGCUUAUAAAUAAAACAAUUCUGCUUGUUGAAAAAUAAAAAACAUAAUUUCUAGUUUUUUUUAAGGGGCUGGAGUUAACUAGAAGAUGACUAUUAUGAUUUCCGAUCUACCCCAUGAUUUGGAAUCAGAAAUACUCGCUAGGGUUCCGUCCAAGUCUCUAGCAAAAUUGCAAACUACUUGCAAACGAUGGUACACUUUAUUCAAAGAUCCAAAGUUCGUGAAGAUGAACAACAUCUUGCGUAAAGCAUCGAAAGAGGUGAUGUUCCUUAUAGACUAUAGGGUUUAUUCGAUUAGAGUUAACAGAUUGCGCAACCGCUUCCGUAACAAAUGCAUUGAGUAUGCAUCCAUCGAGUUUACAGGGAAAAUUACCCGUCUUGAAGAUUCAAAAGAGGUAAAGUUAUCUCGAAUCUUUCACUGCAACGGAUUGAUAUUAUGCUGCAUGGAGGAUUUCGAAAGUCUUGUGGUUUGGAAUCCUUGUACCGGUGAAACCAUGAGUAUCAAACCCAAAAGUUUUUACCAGUGGAAUGAUAGUUAUGCUUUUGGAUGUGGAAACAGCGAAUCUUCUUGCCCCAACUACAAAAUUUUGAGGUGUAGCAGUUAUUAUUGCAAAAACAGUGAGCAACGUAUUUUUAACUGUGAGAUUUAUGACUUCAGCUCUGAUUCAUGGAGGGUUCUUGCUGGUGUGACCUGGAGGAUACAUUGUUCUGACAAUGUUGUUUCGUUGAAAGGAAAUGCUUACUGGAUUCAUUUUGAUAGAGAAGCUCGCCAUAAUGUCCUACUCAGUUUUAAUUUCACAACGGAGGUAUUUGUGUCUAUGCCUCUUCCGGAUCAGAGUGAUUAUAGACAUUUGGGUAUAUCGGUUGUUAGAGAAGAACGCCUCGCAGUUUUACAUCACAAUAUUGGUAUAUCCUUGACAGAGAUGAAUGUAUGGUUGAGCAAUAAGAUUGAUGGAGCCAAAGAGGUGGCAUGGAGCAAAUUCUUAGCAGUGAGCUUUGAUAACUUUAAGUAUCCAAGUUAAGUGAAAGGGAUGACUUUUUGGGUGGACGAUGAGGAUAAAGUGGUAGUAACUUGUAUUAGAGACAGAGACAAUUAUGAUUACGUUUUCAUUGUAGGAGAACGUUUGCAUAAACAAGUUUUUGGUAAAUCUUGGAUUUGGCCAUGUCUCCUGAGUUAUGUUCCAAGUUUGGGUCACAUCCCCAAGACGAAAAAAGAAGAAACAUUGUAAAUGGAUAAUUAAGCUAGCUUUUGUUUAUUUGUGGGGUGUAACUCUUGUUUUGGUAUAUUAAUUAUCCAUUUUAUUUUGAUAUAUACAAUAUUUGUGCAAUUUGACGUUUUUCAAAACAUAAUUUUUAAAAUAUUUUUAUGUUAAUUUUCAAAGAAUUAGCAUGUGUAUCAAAUCAAUUCCUAUUUAUUGAUUUCUCUUUGUUUAUUUACAUUAAUGAAAUAUUUUAAAAUAUUAAAUCACAAUGCUGAUUUAUCUAUUUUUGUUGGUGUAUAUAUUUGAACAUUUUCAAUAACAGUACAUGACUUCUAUCGUAAAAAAAAACUUGUGCACAAAUUUUUGUUUGUUAAACUAUUUAAUGCUAAUUCUUCAAAUGAGUUAGUAUAAAUAUCAAAUCUAAUUUUGAACUUUAUUUUCUUUUGUUAACAUACUUUUUAUAUUUAAUUUUAAAUUUGGUAUGUAUAAAGUUAUAUUUUACUGGUUUUUCCUUAUUUUGUUGGUUAAUAUUAAUAUUAAUUUUUCAAAUAUUUAAGGACUGAAAUCAUUUUAAUUAUUGAGGUAUUUCUAUUUUUGUAGUUUAACUUAUUUUAUAUUGAUUUCUAUUUUAUUUUGAAAGAAUCAAUUUUUAGAACUAUUGACAUUUUUAAAAUUAAUAGCCUUUUGUAAACAAAGACUAAUGAGCUUAAGGGCCUGACUGGUUCAAACGUAGCGGUUGCGGUUGUGGGAGUUUGCGGGUGGUUGUGGUUUUAAGAGAUUUGUACGACUGGUUAUGCAGUUAGAAAUUGAUGCGUUUGUGGGAUACUUAUGACUGGUUAACUAUCAAAUACAACAGUGGUUAAAUAAUAAAUUAACAAUAUUUACAUUUUAUAUAAUUAUAUAAAAUAU